CACGGACCCCAGGCCUAGGUUUCACCACUCCUCUCCACCAUGAUCAACACCUACCAGACCAGCAUGGCUCCACCGCCGGUGCCUCCGCGCCUCAGCGGGUCCCACUCGGUCCUCAUCCCGGCUCCACUUCCAUCACAAGGCCACAGCAAGUGUCUAGUCCGGUUUAUAGUUGGCGUCGUGUUGCUGCAUUUGUUUCUGUCCAUCGGAGGAUUCAUCUAUCUGAACCACAAUGACAAAAUGCCUCCCUCAGGAAUGGGGGUAGAAGGAAAAAUGGAUUAUCGCUCAUCAGAAAAGCAGGAAACUUCCUACAAAGCCUUGGCACGCAUGGUAGUUGAUGAGCAAUCACGCACAUCAGAUCAGAAAUCUUCAUUGGGUUAUCUCAAGUGGGACAUCAACCACUCAGUUCUUAGGUACAUCGACUACUACCACUACAGUUGGUUGACUAUCCGGGAACCUGGUGAUUACUACGUCUACUCCAGGGUGACAUUCUCCAAGGGCGACGCUCAACUCGCUCUGGUCAGCAAGGUGAACCUGAGGAAGAAUGAGAAAGAAGAGGAGAAGGUUGUGAUGCAGGCCUACUGCAACCUGGACAGCAGCAGCAGGUCUGCAUUGAUCCCUCGCCUGUGCACGGCCACGCAGGGAGAGGUGAUCACACUGGAGAAAGGAAACCAGCUCGGUGUCUGGGUACAAGACCUUUUACUGGUGAACUACGAGGAAGGAGCCACAACCUUUGGGAUGUACAAACUGUAGGACUCCUGUGUGAGCACAUGCAUGGACAUAAUCUGAACAGUGGGAACUCAUUAAGUGGAUGUACUUGGAUUUAAAUCUGCUGAGAACACUGUUAAAUAGACUGGAUCAACAUUCAAACUAAUGGAUUCUGAUCUUUUUUUUAUCGUGGAGACAAAGACCACAUUCCUGAAACAUAAUUUAUUAAAUCAGAUAUAACUGUGUGAUUUUGUGAUAUUUUUGUGGCAGUUGUGAAUGCUUGUUCUGUAUUUAUUGAUGUAAAUGAGCUUGUAUGGUUGUGAAAUGAAACUUUGAUAUUUAAUCUAAAAGAUUUCUUCUCUUUUCUUUGUCUUGCAUUCAGGAGUUAGUUAGACGUAGAGUAAAGAAGACACACACAUUAACCAUUAACAUCCAGACUAAAGCACCACAUAUUUGAUGUUAUAAGCAUGACCCAGUAUGAGGUAAUGCAUACGAUUUUAAAUGGUGCAAAGGAAAGAUGUGCAGAUAUUUUCUGGAAACUAAAAAAAGUUUAGUGCUGAAAACAAAUUAGCAUUGUUUGAUGAAUUAGAAAUACUAGAGGUGAUUGGGUGCCUUGUAGAAAUUAAAAUACCCACAAUCAUCAAUAGUAUUAACACAAAAAGUGACUCACACUAUUCUUCUGACAUACCCAAAAUGAUGCUGCAACAGCUACACAGAAGUCAAACUUUAACCA